CUUGCAGGCAGCCGUGGGUCUACAGCCGUAGGGUCAUGGGUAGGGACAGCUCAAGCCCUUUCAAUUCCGGAACCGGCGCACGCCUCAGGACCUGAGUCACCAACUGUCACCAGGGGCCGGAAGUCACCACCAACUCUCACGGCUGGGAAAAGGUUUCCUGUGAGCCUGCGGGUGCUCGCGGACUACGACUCCCAGCAUGCUCGGCGGCCGCCGCACUUAACCCUUCAGGGACCGGAGCUGCCCUGAGUACCGCCCCCCACCUGCCCCUUCCUCGGACCCGGCAAGAGAUGGGUGCCCCCAUCGGCACAUUGUUCUUUGGCCACCUGACAUCAUGCCUCCCAAGAAGGAUGCUCCCGUGAAGAAACCAGCAGGGCCCUCCAUCUCUAAGCCUGCUGCCAAGUCUACACCAGGGACCCCUCUAGCCAAGACCAAGGCUGAGCCGGCUGCCCCCCAGGCACCUGCAAAAUCCCAGGAGCCCCCUGUUGAUCUCUCCAAAGUGGUGAUCGAGUUUAACAAGGACCAGCUGGAGGAGUUCAGAGAGGCCUUUGAGCUGUUUGACCGAGUAGGUGAUGGCAAGAUCCUGUACAGCCAGUGUGGGGACCUGAUGAGGGCCCUGGGCCAGAACCCUACCAACGCCGAGGUGCUCAAGGUCCUGGGGAACCCCAAAAACGAGGAGCUGAAGUCCCGACGUGUAGACUUUGAGACGUUCCUGCCCAUGCUGCAGGCAGUGGCCAAGAACCGGGACCAAGGCACAUAUGAGGACUACCUAGAGGGGCUUCGUGUGUUUGACAAAGAGGGCAACGGCAAGGUCAUGGGAGCGGAGCUCAGACAUGUUCUUACCACUCUCGGAGAGAAGAUGACUGAGGAAGAGGUAGAGACUGUCCUGGCAGGCCACGAGGACAGCAACGGCUGCAUCAACUAUGAGGCCUUCCUGAAGCACAUCCUAAGCCUCUGAGCUCCGCAGGUGGCCCUCCAGCCAGCCCCUGGUAUCCGCUUGAGAGGCAAGGGUCCUCGAUCCACCAGAUAGAAGCGCAAGCAGUGCGUCUCCGCUCCCGACCGUAGCGCAGCCGCCAGGGCUGGACUAUUUCCUUCCCCACCCCACCCUAGCCCCGACCCCCACCCCACGUAGAACCUGCGGCGUCGGAAACUUGCCCCACCUCCUGUGCGGCCAGAAGCGCGUUCCUGCCACUAGGGGGCACUUACAGUUUUGAAAUAAAAACAUGGUUCCUG